CUUUUCUCGGUGCAUGCCCAUAAUUCCUGGCGACCAUGAAACUUUGCAUCCAUGUGAUGCUGAACCUUCCUGGAAGAAGAAGAAGAAGAAGAUUGCAUGGUGCGGCCAUGGUGGUGAGAACUGAGAAGAGGUCGUCGACACUCGCCACCCCGGCCGGCCUGCCUGCAGCCUAUAUAUAUCCAUGAAACCCUUCAGACCAAACUCCAUGCCAAAACACACAGCAGGUCGUUGCAUUGCAUUUGCAUGCAUGCACACUUCAUUAGCCAAUAGCUAUUAGCUAUAUAUAUUCCAGCCACUUCUCGUUCCCCCUUGUACAAAGCAAUCGACGAGCUAGCUAGCUAGCAGUGCCAUUGUUGAUCUGUAACAUAGAGCAUAUAUUUCUUGGCCCAUAUAUUCCCCAUUUGGAAGAUAAGAUAGGAUGAAGAAGGCGUCCAGGUACCUGAAGCAGCUCUUCUCCGCCAUCGUGGCGGCGGUGAAGGCCAGGUCCACCGCCGUGGGCACCAAGGCCAGCUCCCUGCGGACGCGCCUCAUCGUGCUCGGCAUCAUGCGCAACAAGAAGCUCCUGCUCAGCGCCAUCCAGAGCAAGAUCCACGCCAUCAUGGGCGGCGGCAGUAGUGGCCACCACCAGCACCAGGGCAGCAGCAGCAGCGGCGGCUACGGCGGCAAUAAUGGCAAUGCGGUGGCCAGCGGCCACGGCGGCGGCGGUGAGGGCGAGCGCGGCCUCUUCCUAGCCAGCAGCAGCGGCGCCAGGAAGGCCGCGGUGCUGCAGAGCCUGCCGAGCUUCGCCGUGGAGCAGGAGGCGAGGGCCGUCGUGCUGCUCAGCAGCCUGCCGAGCUUCGCGCUGGAGCGGGACGCCGGCGGCGCCAACGAGGACAAGGACACCGUCGAAGAAGCAGCAGCAGGCGAGAAGCUUCUGCUUGCUACCGUGGACACCACCGCCGCGGCUCCGGGGUCGGCGGCGGAGGGGGAGUUCCGGCUGGAGGACGAGAUCGACCGCGUGGCGGACGUGUUCAUCAGGCGCUUCCACGAGCAGAUGAAGCUGCAGAAGCUCGAGUCCUUCAAGAGGUUCUGCGAGAUGCUGGAGAGGGGCGCCUGAAUCUGAAUGUCCCACAUUCCCACUCGCACUGCCAAUCUUCAUGCAUGGUUACGUUCAUCUAAAAAUAAUUAUUAAUCAAGAAAGAUCGACUUCUGUCGGGGUCGAUCGGCCGGGGUGUAGUUAGUUACUUCUGAUUAGAAUAAGUGACAAGAAAUCGAGUUUUUGUUUCUUGGAUUUUCGUACUUUAAUUUGGGAGUCUUCGUUUGAAUGUGGGGAGCAGAAUGAUGGGCUCGUGCUCCUUUUUUUUAUGGGAGAAUUGGUGUGAUCAAGUCCGAUGUACUAUUACUUGACGGUUAUAAAAGUUAACUAAACACUAAAUGA